AUGACCCGACUCAGUCUGCUGGCCGCCUUCUCCACGGCUUGUGCCACGGCAUCCGCUCUUGUCCCGAGACAAGCCGUCCCGGGUAACGACACCGGUGCUGCUGCUCCCACUGCCCAAGUCAAGAAUGGCUCGUACUACGGCAUUUACAGCCAGUCGUACGACCAGGACUUCUUCCUCGGCAUCCCUUACGCCCAACCUCCUGUCGACAACCUGCGUUAUCGCGCUCCUCAGCCCCUGAACUCGACAUGGGAAGGCACUCGCAAUGCCACAGAGUACUCUCCGCAGUGCUUCGGCUAUGGGAGCGACACCUGGGUACUCGGAAACUACGUCUCGGAGGAUUGUCUGACGAUCAACGUCGUCCGGCCCCACGGCGUCUCCCCCGAUGCGAAGCUGCCCGUCGCCGUAUGGAUCCACGGCGGCGGCCUGACUAACGGCGGUAGCUCCGACCCGCGGUACAACGUCUCCUUCAUCGUCGAGCAGUCCGUCCGCAUGGGAACCCCUUUCAUUGCCGCCAGCAUCAACUACCGCUUGCAUGCUUGGGGCUUCCUCUGGAGCGAUGAGAUCAAGGCCGCCGGCGCAGGAAAUCUCGGUUUCCGUGAUCAGAGGUUAGCUUUGAGCUGGGUCCAAGAGAACAUCGCCGCUUUCGGAGGCGACCCGGAGCAGGUCACGCUCUGGGCUGAGAGCGCUGGAGCUCGAAGUGUCGGAACGCAAAUGCUGGCCUACGGAGGCCGCGAUGAUGGUCUCUACCGCGCGGCCAUCAUGCAGAGCGGAACCGGCUUGGAGACGGACUUUGGCGAAGUUGAGUCGACCACCAACACGUGGCAGGAUUACUACGACACCCUCGUCAACAAGACCAACUGCACGUCUGCUGCGGACACGCUGGACUGUCUCCGUGGACUGCCAGCGUGGGACCUGAGCGACGUCAUCAACGGCACCUCCAGCCCCUCCUUCAAUGGCAUGGCGGACGGCGACUUCCUUCCCGCUCCGCGUUCAGAGCUCAUCAAUGCGGGCAAGUUCGUCAACGUCCCCAUCCUGAUUGGCGCCAACUUCGACGAGGGUACUCAAUUCGGACAGAAAGGCAUCAACACCACCGAGCAGUGGAACUCGUACCUCCGUGCCCAGGGCGCCAACAACGUCACUAUCGAGGUCCUCUCCGCGCUGUACCCUGACAUUCCUCGCGUCGGCCUCCCCGCAACGCUCGACGGCCGCCCAGCGGGUGACGAGGCUGAUCUGGGAUACAUGUACAAGCGCGCUGUGGCCUUUGGGGGAGACCGCGCUCAACAUGGGCCAAGGCGAUACUGGGCGCGAAAGUGGGCUGAGGCGAACCAGACAGUGUACUCAUACCACUUCAACGUGCUGGUCAACGGCAUGAUGCCCUCCGACGGUGCGAAGCACUUCCAGGAGGUCGUUUUCGUUUUUGAUAACACCGACGCCGUGGGUUACAAGACCGCCGUCGCGGUGGACCCGUUCGCGGGCAAGCCCGAGACGUUCAAGACGCUGGCUGACAUGAUGUCGCGCAUGUGGGUUUCGUUCAUUACCAAGGGCGACCCGAACUACAACGGCGUCACCAACACGACUUGGCCCAAGUACGACGUUGAGAAUCCCUACAACAUGGCCUUCGACGUCAAUGCCACAGGUAUCGCCUAUCAGGAGCCGGACACAUACCGCACGGAGCAGAUUGAAUAUCUGAUCCGGAAGUUGUGGACUUAG